GCUGCGAGGGAAAGCCAAUCACUGGGUCUCUUCUGUGGGAGAAAUGGCGAGAGAAAUUUUUGUACUGAUCUCCCUCCUGACAGUGGGGAAUUUAGCCCACUGUCAGGAAUGGGAGAAUCUUCUCUUCAUCAAGAUGGAGGUAUUACUGGAGAAGCAGGAAGCAGCCUUAGUGAAGCAAGAAGCAGCUUUGAGCCAGCUGAAGGGAAUGCAGGAGAAACAGGAACAGGUCGAAGGCAAACUUCAAGAAAUCCAGGAGAAACAAGAACACGUCGAAGGCAAACUUCAAAAAAUGCAGGAGAAACUUCAGCACGUCGAAAUUAACCUUCAAGAAUUUCAUCAUGAACUGGAGCACAUGAAAGGUGCAGUGAACAGCAACCAGGACUCCUUGCAAAAUAUCUCGGCGAAACUGGAGACAUUAGAAGGGAUCCAUCGGGAAACCAAAGGCUGCCUCGGAAGGGAGGACUUGGAACACUUCAAGAACAUAUCAUCAGCUGGACACCAAGAGCUGGAAUCUUUCCUUCGCCAGGAAAUAUCUGGAGUUAUCUCUUUGUUGGAGACUGGAGGAAUAGAUGAGUGCUCAGAGGGAAGCCACAACUGCACUGAUUAUGAGGCUUGCGCUGACAAGCUAUUCAAAUAUCAGUGUUCCUGUCUGCCCGGAUUUGCACAGGAUGGUUCACGCUGUGAAGACGUGGAUGAGUGCGCCCAAGGGAAGGACGACUGCAGCCCCCUUGCAACAUGCAGGAACUCCGUUGGGAGUUACAGCUGCUCUUGCAACCCACCUUUCGAGGGAGAUGGGGAAUCCUGUUCCUGCCCUCCUGGAUUUGCACAGGAAGGGUUUCGAAUUGAUAGAAGGAUAAGGCAAACUACAUAG